AUGAAAAAGAAAAAACCAUCACCCCUUUGUUCAUCAUCAAUUGAAGUUCCUGUUAAUAAUAUCAUCACCAAAGUGUUAGUUGAUACAGGUGCAGCUAUAUCUCUUAUACAUGAAACAACAUUACAAAAUAUGAAACAUAAACCAAUUGAUGCAUGUUCGCUAAAAGAAGUUCAUACCGCUAAUAGCGGAUUUAUAUCUCUUAUUGGAUUAGUACAUCUUAAUGUUCAAGUUAAUCAUCUUAAUACGGGUGUUGAUGUAUAUGUUACUCGUGAUCUUGUUUGUCCAAUGUUAUUGGGAAGAGAUUGGAUUCAAAUGAAUCAUGUGAAUAUUAAUUUUUACACAAAUCGUAUUUAUCUUCAUGGUGGUAUUACUUCUGUUCCUUUAGUACCUAUUCCUCGUCAUGAACCAUUAAUUAUGUCAUUGCAACAUACUAUUACUAUUCCACCAUUUCAUGAAAAAUUUAUUUCUGGGUAUGUACCAAUUAAAUCAUCAAAUGAUGUAUUGUUUACGCCGAAUUUAGCACUACAACAUACAAAACUUGUCCUUGUUCCGCAUGCUAUUUUACAUAUUCGUGAUUAUCAUGGUAUUAUCUCCAUUAGAAAUGAUACACAUCGUUCGAAAACUAUUCCUCGUCAUACUUCACUCGGACUUAUAUCUCAAUCAACUGAACAAUUAAACAUCAAUAUUAUUCAUAAACAGACCACGAACAAUCGUAAUCCUCCUUCUAUUUCUUCAUCUUUAGUUUCUUGUACUCAUUGUGCUAGUCAAUUUUGUAAUGAACAAGAACUGUAUCAACAUUUUCUCAUUUGUUGUAAUAAACAUUUAUUAUGUGAAAAUAAAACAAUAGACGCAUUAGUCAAACAUAUAAAAGAUCCUACUCAACGUAUGAAAGCUUAUCUAAUAAUUCACCAAUACGAACAACUUUUCGAUGAUUCAUGUGUGAAGGGAAUUAGCUGUUCUCCUCAAUCAGCUAUCAACACGGGUGAUCAUCCGCCUCUAGCUACAAAUCCUCGUCGUAUUUCAACCCUUAACAGACAAAUUAUAAAUGAUGAAGUAAAGAAAAUGUUAAAUAGUGGAAUUAUUAGUCCUUCGACUUCACCUUGGGCUUCUCCUGUCGUUAUUGUUAAAAAACAUGAUGGAUCUCCUCGAUUUUGUAUCGACUAUAGAAAACUCAAUUCUAUUACUCAAAAAGAUAUUUAUCCUUUGCCACGUAUUGAUGAUGUUAUUGAACGUUUGAAUGGAUCACACAGUUUUUCUAAAAUUGAUUUACGUAGUGGAUAUUUUCAAGUCCCAUUAGAUAGUGAAGAACGUAAUAAAACAGCAUUUAUCACUCAUGAUGGCCUAUGGCAUUUUAAUCGUUUGCCACAAGGUUUAAAAAAUUCUCCAUCAGUGUUUCAAAGAUUAAUGAAUAAUACACUUGGCUCAUUACGUUGGGAUGUCUGUCUCGCUUAUUUAGAUGAUGUCGUUAUUUAUUCGCGUUCUUUUAAUCAACACCUGAUAGAUGUUGGCAACAUUUGUCACGUAUUACAUGAGUCAAAUUUUAAAUUAAAUUACAACAAAUGUUCAAUUUUUCAACAGGAAAUUUCUUUCUUAGGAUAUACGAUUAGUGCAGCUGGUUGUUCUCCGAAUGAUGAUAAUGUUCGUGCGAUUUUACAAUUUCCAGUACCUAAAUCGAGUAAAGCUGCUCA